AUUUCCCGGGUUUCAUCAAAAAGAUCCGAACCAAUUUGGAGUCCUUCUUCUCCACCACCUCCCCAAUGCAAACUUCCAGAUUCUUCUCAAUUACAGUAGUUUGUGAUUAUUUCUCCAGAAUUCACGCCCUUCUUCCCAUUAAGAAACAAACUUCAAAAAAAAAAAAAUUAAGGAAAAUUCUGACCCAAUUCCUCUAGGAAGAGGAAGAAUCCUUGUUCUUGUAAAUUUCUCACUCGGAAAUCUUAAAUCAGAAAUCACAAAAUUUCAAUCUACUUUUUGUUGAUACCCAAUUCAUUAAUGACCCUGAAUUUCAACAAUUUGGAUCAAAGGUAGCGCCUUUUCUUCUCCAGAAAAUCAUGGCAUCAUGGAACAGACAAUCAAGGUUUGUUUACAACACUUUUAAAAGCUUCAGCUCCAAGUUAUUACCUAAAUCCCCAAUUCAAUCCCCUUCCCCAAGGCUUAAUUCAAGUUCAUCUUCUUUGUUUUACAAUCAAUUUAAGCCUUCUAGGUUAUUUGGGUCACCUUCAAUUUCUGGGAAUUUUAAUGGGUUUAAGCAGAAUCAAACCAGCAGCUUGUUUUCUGGUAUUAUUACUAGGAGAAAUUACUAUGUUGAUAGUAACCAAAUUCAACACUUUAAACCAAGAGGUUUUAAAUCAUGGUUUCAGAACCCUAGACAUAUGUUCAUUGUAGUUGUGGUUGGUUCUGGUGUUGUGAUUACUGUUUAUUUUGGCAAUUGUGAAAUUGUGCCCUAUACAAAGAGGAAACAUUUAGUACUUCUGUCAAAAUCCAUUGAAAGGAGUAUAGGAGAAUCCGAAUUCGAGAAGAUGAAGAAAGAAAUGAAAGGGAAAAUAUUGCCUGCAAUUCACCCUGAUAGUGUAAAGAUUAGGUUGAUUUCUAAGGACAUUAUUCAAUCACUUGAAAGAGGGAUAAGCCAUGAACAAGUGUGGAGUGAUCCAGGUUAUGCCGUUGAAGGCGGUAGCAGCCAUAACGAGGUUGAUGGAGGUGAAACUUUGAGAGCUUUUACUGAGGUCGAAGAAGAGAACGGGGUUGAGAAUUGGCGUAAAGGGGAAGAGAUGCUUGAUGAUACAUGGGUUAAAGAUAGUAGGAAAAAGGGGGAGGAAAAUAAGGCUAAGGCUUAUACUGAUCAUUUGGAAGGGAUGAAUUGGGAAGUUUUGGUUGUUGAUGAACCAGUUGUGAAUGCCUUUUGUUUGCCAGGUGGGAAGAUUGUUGUUUACACUGGAUUGCUUAGGCAUUUUCAAUCAGAUGUUGAAGUUGCUACAAUUAUUGGGCAUGAGGUUGGGCAUGCUGUGGCUCGGCAUACUGCAGAACAGAUUACAAAGAACUUGUGGAUGGCAAUCUUACAACUGAUCCUUUAUCAGUUCAUCGCGCCUGAUUUUGCCAAUGCAAUGUCGAAUCUUCUCCUAAGGCUUCCUUUCUCCCGAAAGAUGGAAAUAGAAGCAGAUUACAUAGGACUACUAUUGAUGGCUUCAGCCGGAUACGACCCACGAGUCGCACCUCAAGUAUACGAGAAGCUAGGAAAGAUAUCCGGUGCAUCCGGAGGACUUGAAGACUAUCUUUCAACUCACCCGUCUGGGAAAACGAGAGCUCAGUUAUUAGCUCGGGCUCAUAUUAUGGAGGAAGCCAUCAAUAUGUACCGUGAAGCUUCGGGCGGGCGGGCAGUUGAAGGGUUUCUGUAACCCUAAAAACAUAUCUACUUUCUCUAACAAGGUGAAUUGUUUUGUGGAUCCUACUACAUGUACACUUAGUAAGGCAUCUCGUACACCAUGUUCUUAGUGGGUUUGAUGAUGUGUCAAUAAAUUAAUGGUGGUGUACAAAAGAAUCUUAUACACUAGAUGUACAUGUAGUCUUUUCCCUGUUUUAUGGUUUUGAAAUAAUUCUUGGAUUAUGUUCAAGCUGUUAUUUCUUCACUAUAGGAAAUUGUGAAAUGUUGUUUUUUAAGUUGAGAAAACCUCAACAAUCAAGCUUAUUUAUUGUUACAUUGUUGUUGGUAACCCUGUAAAUUCAACCUGUUUAAAGUUUUUCCUA